CUCCCGUUCACUCGGAUCAGCGAGGAGGACUGUGUGGCUGGAACGGUUACACACACACACACACACACACAGACGAACUCCUUUUUUGUGGACUUUGUUCAAACCAGCGUCUUUGUUGGACACCUCUCUUUUGGAGGUCUUUUCUGCGCUUUGGGUUUUCUCGUGACCGUGAGCGAGGGGCAAACAUGGAGUCAUCUCUCGAGUUUUCCAGCUCCGUGGGCAGCGUGUCCUCCCUGAUGAGUCGCUGUCGGACCUUCAAGGUGCUCGUGAUCGGAGACUCCGCGGUGGGGAAGACCUGCCUCACGCACCGGCUGUGCGCCGCAGAGUUCCCGAGCCGCGCGGAGGCCACCAUCGGGGUGGACUUCCGCGAAAGGCAGCUGGAUAUCCACGGAGAGAAAAUUAAGCUCCAAUUUUGGGACACUGCAGGACAGGAGCGUUUCCGUAAGUCCAUGGUGCAGCACUACUAUCGCAACGUGCACGCCGUGCUCUUCGUGUAUGACGUCACUUGCCCCACCAGCUUCAGCAGCCUGAUGGCCUGGAUAGAAGAGUGCAGGCAGCACUCCCUCGGCCAGGAAAUCCCCAGGUUCCUGGUGGGCAACAAAAGUGACCUCCGUGACCCCAGCAAAACCGACGGCCAGGUGAGCCAGGAGCAGGCGACGAGCUUCUCCAAAGCCCACGGCAUGGUGUGUUUUGAAACGUCCGCCAAGGACCCGCCAAACAAGUGCGGGGGCGGUCGACGCGGCGAUGCGGAGCUUCUCCACCGGCAGGAUAAGGUGGAGGACGUUGUUGUUGCCCUUGGCGCCAGACUGAAGAGACAGAAAGUACAUGUAGCAGCAAACGACUCGAUGUACGGCUCCUUUAAAAUCCUCAACAGGAAGAGGUCAGAGAAAGAGCUGUGGACCUGCUGCUGAGAGACGGGGGACAGUUGACCUGCUGCUGAGAGACACGGGGGACAGUUGACCUGCUGCUGAGACACACGGGGGACAGUUGACCUGCUGCUGAGACACACGGGGGACAGUUGACCUGCUGCUGAGACACACGGGGGACAGUUGACCUGAUGCCGAGACACACGGUGGACAGUUGACCUGAUGCUGAGAGACACACGGUGGACAGUUGACCUGAUGCUGAGAGACACGGGGGACAGUUGACUUAAUGCUGAGAGACACAGGGGACAGUUGACCUGCUGCCGAGACACACGGGGGACAGUUGACCUGCUGCCGAGACACACGAGGGACAGUUGACCUGAUGCCGAGACACACGGUGGACAGUUGACCUGAUGCUGAGAGACACGGGGGACAGUUGACUUAAUGCUGAGAGACACAGGGGACAGUUGACCUGAUGCCGAGACACACGGGGGACAGUUGACCUGCUGCCGAGACACACGAGGGACAGUUGACCUGAUGCCGAGACACACGGUGGACAGUUGACCUGAUGCUGAGAGACACGGGGGACAGUUGACCUGAUGCCGAGACACACGGUGGACAGUUGACCUGAUGCUGAGAGACACGGGGGACAGUUGACUUAAUGCUGAGAGACACAGGGGACAGUUGACCUGAUGCCGAGACACACGGGGGACAGUUGACCUGCUGCCGAGACACACGGGGGACAGUUGACCUGCUGCCGAGACACACGGGGGACAGUUGACCUGCUGCCGAGACACACGAGGGACAGUUGACCUGAUGCUGAGACACACGGUGGACAGUUGACCUGAUGCUGAGAGACACGGGGGACAGUUGACCUGAUGCCGAGACACACGGUGGACAGUUGACCUGAUGCUGAGAGACACGGGGGACAGUUGACUUAAUGCUGAGAGACACGGGGGACAGUUGACCUGAUGCCGAGACACACGGGGGACAGUUGACCUUUUCAGAUGGAACUAUGUGACGUUUUUAGCUAUUGUGAAUGUCCAUGUUGUGAGUGUCCAUGUCAAUAAGAUAAUUAGCAUUCUGUGCAUAACGAUGAUAUUUGACCAUAGACAACAUUACAGAUUUUUUUUUAAAAUUUGAAAUGCA